CUCUAAAAUUCUUGAACACUGCAUUAGGCAGAUGGAGUCUCUCUCAUUUCCAAGCUUGCUUCAACUCCCUUGUUCCCCCAAAACUCCAAGAUAUGUUAAUAAAGAACUAGUCAAGAAUGUUGUGGCUGCUAAGAACUUGAAUGAAAGACUUCCCAACAGAACACCAAGGAGGCUGCUUUUGCAGUUUAUGGGGUUCUUCCCAAUCCUAUCACAUCCUGUUUUGGCUGCACCAAUGCCGGAGAUGAAGGAACCUGAAGUGAUUCGGACCUUAAAGCUUCCCAGUGGUGUGAGGAUUCAAGAGAUUGUUGAAGGGAAAGGACCAGCAGCCACUGAAGGAGAUUUGGUUGAGAUUAACUAUGUAUGCCGGCGCACAAAUGGCUAUUUUGUUCAUAGCACUGUUGAUCAAUUCAGUGGAGAAAGCACACCUGUGAUACUUCCUUUGGACGAAAAUCAGAUUAUAAAAGGCUUGGAGGAGGUUCUGGUUGGUAUGAAAAUCGGAGGAAAGAGGAGAGCGCUGAUACCUCCUUCUGUAGGAUACACAAAUGAGAGCUUGCAACCGAUUCCUGAGGAGCUUUCCCUAUGGGCUGUGGCUACAACUAUAGUUGAAGAACUAGUUCCGAUUGCCCGCUGUAAAAGUAAUACUGCGUUAAUUCUGUUGGUUGCAUGCAGUUUGGCCCUCGACGCAGCCUCUUGUCCCAUGUAAAUGAGCCUUUAAUAUUUGAGGUGCAGCUCUUGAAAUUACUAUGAGUUUAUGAAGUGAAUAUGUAUUAAAGCAUUUAAAAUUUGUAGUGUAAAUGUAUUCACUAUUCAAAGGGAUAUAAUCUAUGAUCUAAGUUGAUUUGUUGAU